AGAUGCACAAUGCAUUCAAUUGUCACCAUAUAAAAGAGACGAUUUUCUCAGAUGCUUUAUCCAGUAACUUGUAAACUUUCGUGCUGAUUUGUAUCUACACCAUAACCAAAAAUGAAAAUAUUUGCAGUUAUAUUCGCUGUUUGCUUUGUUGGUGCUCUAGCCGAGCUCACUGAAGAACAAUUGGCUAAGCUCCGCGAACACAGAACCGCUUGUGUGACUGAAACUGGUGUUGAUGAAGACAAAGUCUCCAAGGCCAAGGAGGGCGAGUGGAUGAUGGACGACCUUAAGCUUCGGUGUUUCUUCUCUUGCAUGCUGAAGAAAAUCAAUGUCAUGAAUGAGGAUGGAACACUGAACGAAGAGAAAACUCGCAAGAGGAUGGCCAACGAUUUGCCAGCAGACAAAAUCGACGCUGUUAUGAUGAAAUGCAAAGACAUGAAGGGGGCUGAUGUGUGUGAGACCGCCAUGAUGAUGAUGAAGUGUUACGCUGAAGAAAAAGCCUUCACUAAGAUAAUGACUGAAAAGAGCACUUUAUUUACACGACAACCAAAAAUGAAUAUAUUCGCUGUUAUAUUGGCUGUUUGCUGCGUUGGUGCUCUAGCCGAGCUCACUGAGGAACAGCAAGCUAAGCUCCACGAAUUCAGAACAGCUUGUCUAACUGAAACUGGUGUUGAUGAGGGAAUAGUUGCCAAGGCCAAUGAGGGCGAAUGGUUGAUGGACGACCUCAAACUUCGGUGUUUCUUCUCUUGCCUGCUGAAGAAAAUAAAAGUCAUGAAUGAGGAUGGAACAUUUAACGAAGAGAAAGCUCGCAAGAGCAUAACCAACGAUUUGCCAGAAGACAAAAUUGACGCUGUUAUAACGAAAUGCAAAGACAUGAAGGGUGCUGAUGUGUGCGAAACCGCCAUGUUGAUAGUGAAGUGUUACGCUGAAGAAAAAGGCGAUCUCACUGAAGAAGAAAGAGUAAAGCUUGACGAACACGCAAAAGCUUGUGUAAAUGAAACUGGUUUUUAUGACACCAACGCUGACACAGGCAAGAAAGACAAAUGGAUAACGUACGGGUUUAAACUUCAGUGUUACUUCUCUUGCAUGCUGAAGAAAAUGAACAUCAUGAAUGAGGAUGGAGCAUUGAACGAAGAGAUGAUUCGCAAGAAGAUGGCCGAUGAGUUGCCAGCAGACCAAAUUGACGUCGUUUAUACGAAAUGCAAAGAUUUGAAGGGCGCGAAUAUGUGCGAGACUGCCAUGGUGAUAAUGAAGUGUUACGAUGAUGAAAGAGCCUUACUAAAGCCAACUGAAAAGAGCUUUACAUUUACACGACAACCAAAAAUGAAAAUAUUCGCUUUUAUAUUCGCUGUUUGUUUUGUUGGUGCUCUAGCCGAGCUCGAUGAACAAGAAGGAGCAAAGCUUGACGAAUACAAUGAGGCUUGUGUAGAUGGAACUGGUUUUUAUGACGUCCAAGAUCCCAAUGCUCCGAUCAGGAACUGGAUAACGUACGGCCUUAAACUUCAGUGUUAUUUCUCUUGCAUGCUGAAGAAAAUGAACAUCAUGAAUGAGGAUGGAACAUUGAACGAAGAGAUUACUCGCCAGAAGAUGGCCGACGAUUUGCCAGCAGACAAAAUUGACGUCAUUAUUACGAAAUGCAAAGACAAGAAGGGUGCUAAUAUUUGCGAGACCGCCAGAAUGAUAAUUAAGUGUUACGAUGAUGAAAGAGUCUUACUAGGGUCAACUGAAAAGAGCGCUUAAUUUGUUUUUUUCUUCUUCAUUCGACUAUACAUUGCUGUCAAUGAAUUAUGUUUACUGUAUACCUUUAUUUUUCAUUUAUUGGAUAAAAAAUUAGUUGACAAUAAAUGAGUCGAUAUUUUUGCUUUAAA